CUUUUGGCCCACAGGACGGCAGGGCCAGCUCACAGCCGAACAGCAGCCACGCGGACAGGCCAUGCAGCCCAGCGGGUGGCUCUGGGCCCUGGUGGCCGUGUGUGUGGCAGACACGUUCCGGGACGAGGCGGAGAGGAUCAUGCGGGACACACCCGUCAUCGAUGGGCACAACGACCUGCCCUGGCAGCUGCUGAAAAUGUUCAACAACGAGCUGCUGCACGAGAGAGCGAACCUGAGCACGCUGCAGGGCACCCACACCAGCAUCCCCAAGCUGAGGGCCGGCUUCGUGGGGGGACAGUUCUGGUCUGCGUACACACCGUGCGACACCCAGAACAAGGAUGCUGUGAGGAGGACGCUGGAGCAGAUCGAUGUCAUACACCGCAUGUGCCAGCUGUACCCAGAGACGUUUGUGUGUGUCACCAACAGCACAGGCAUCCAGGAGGCCUUCCGCGAGCAGAAGGUGGCCAGCCUGAUCGGCGUGGAGGGCGGCCACUCCACCGACAGCAGCCUGGGCGUCCUGCGGGCCUUGUACCACCUGGGAAUGCGGUACCUGACUCUCACCCACAGCUGCAACACGCCCUGGGCCGACAACUGGCUGGUGGACACGGGGGGCGACCAGGCACAGAGCCAAGGCCUGUCCGACUUCGGGGAGCGGGUGGUGCGGGAGAUGAACCGCCUCGGCGUCAUCGUCGACCUGGCCCACGUGUCCGUGGCCACCAUGAAGGCCGCCCUGCGCCAGUCCCGGGCCCCCGUCAUCUUCAGCCACUCCUCGGCCUACAGCCUGUGCGCGAACCGGCGCAACGUGCCCGACGACGUGCUCCGCUUGGUGAACGAAACCGGCAGCCUCGUGAUGGUGAACUUCUACAGCUACUACGUCUCCUGCCAGGAGGAGGCCACCCUGAGCCAAGUAGCAGACCACCUGGACCACAUCAAGAAGGUGGCUGGAGCCGGAGCUGUGGGCUUCGGCGGGGACUUUGACGGUGUUUCGAGUCUCCCCGUGGGCCUGGAGGACGUCUCCAAGUACCCAGACUUGGUUGCCGAGCUGCUCAGAAGGAAGUGGACAGAGGAAGAGGUCAGAGGGGCCUUGGCUGAUAACCUGCUGAGAGUCUUCAGGGCUGUGGAGCAGGUGAGCAGUCACAUGCAAAUCCCUGAGGAGAAGCCCAUCCCAUGGGACCAGCUGGAAGGUUCCUGCAGGACCCGGUACGGCUACUCGGAGGCCCCCAGCCUCCACCGUGGCCUGGGGGCCCUGCUGGCCACCCUCGCCCUGCUCCUCUCCGGCCUUUGCCUUCUGUGAGGCCCUGUGGACUGCACCCCGGGGGUUUCCAGAGUGGGCCCCAGGACCCGGCUGCCCUCUCCCAAGCACACUUGGGCUUGCCUCAGGGGGUUGCACGCCUGGGGUGGCCCAGGACGGGGCCCUCA